GACUCUCGGCAUCAAAUGACUAUAGUUCAAGAACUUAUAAAAGAUCUACAGUGUGUUCUGAGCAUCAAAUUGUUACGGCCUGAGAAUUUACAAAGUACCAACAGUGUGUGUAUUGAGAAGUAAUUUUACUUCCAAUCUUCUGGUUAUGCCAUUGGUGCCUGACACAUGUGUCAAAUGCAAGAGACCUGUUAAAUCAUCUGUUAUUUGUAACACUUGUCAACAGCAUUUUCAUCCUGGUUGUGCACGAGAUUAUGUAAAAAACAGGCCGCUCACUGAUUGUUGCAGAAAAAAAUUUAACUAUCUCCUGGGAAAUUUAGAUGCAAAAACGAGACUUGCUUCGAUAAAAUCUACUAGCUCUAACACCUCCUCAGUUUCUAGUUUCAAGUCUGCCAGCUCUUCACCUCUUGAUCAUACAUUUAAAGCUCGUGGAUCUACCUCACUUGUUCGCUUAUCCACAGCUCGUGUAUCAACCUCAUUGAAAUCACCCGUCACACCAAAUACACCGAUAUCUCCUGGUCCAGACUCAGUAUUUCAUUCAUCUAUUCCAUCACCAGAAAUGUUGCAGCUACCUUCAGACUGGUUUGAAAAGUCACUUGAUGAUAAGAUGACAACUAUGAUGGAACAGUUCCUAUCAUCGAACAUGUCAGUGAAUAAGAAACUUGAAGAUCUUAGUACGCAAAUUACUGAUCUCAAAAAUUCACAAGCUGCUACUGUGGCUGACCUUUCGGAAGUUAAGAUUAGUGUAAAAACAAAUGCUGAGUCAAUUUCGGAGUUGAACUCGGAAAUUAAAAAAUUAAAAGAAGAUUAUAAAUCUAAUAUGAAUACAAUGCAUAAUAAUCUAGCAGAUCUGAACAAGAUAGUCAAUCUUGAAAACAGAGAAACUUCGUCUACUUCAUCUCUAUCAGGAAGUACAACUGAGUUGGUAAUUGCAGGUAUUCCCAAUUCGGUGGCUGAUAAUUUAUCGCCUUCUGAAAUUCAGUCUGCUGUUUUAAAUGCCCUAGAGUUGCCGCAUCUGGUCAGUGACGUUUUGAGCGUUCGCGAAUUUCAAAAUAAAAGUAGACCGAGACAAGAUAAGGUUAAUCAUUCUUAUCUUGUUGAUUUGAAGUCUUCUCGAGUGCGUGAUUUCAUUAUAAGUUCGAAACGCAAGUCAAAAAAUCUUUUAGCUAAAAUUGUGUUUCCGGACUAUGUUGAUCAAAACUUCAAAGGUGCUAUAUACGUCAAUGAAUUUUUACUGCCUGAGAUAUAUAAACUGCUUUUACAAACUAAAGAAAAGGCUAAAUUAAAAAAGUUCAAGUAUGUUUGGGUGACAAGCGGACAGAUUUUUGUGAAGAGAGAUAACGGCUCUGAAAUUCUUAAAAUAAAUUGUGUUUCUGAUCUUGCUAAACUUGAUUAACGUUUGAUUUAACUUAUCCAAGAUAAGUAGAAACUUAUCUUGGAACUAUCUCAUUACUCAAACAAUCAGUAAAGUGAAUUCAGCUCUGCAUUGUCUCAAAGUUAGAAAAAACAUCUUCUCAACUCCUAUCAGAAAAUUAUUAGUAUCUGCAACCAUCCUUCCGCUCAUUGAUUAUUGUACUGUUGCAUUGAUAGA